CUACAAGGAUUGACUCUUUCAAACACUACUUGGUUAGACUAGCUAUGAGAAUAUAUUACAUUGAACAGGGACAAUUAGGGUAGAGAUGAUACAAUUCAAUCAAAAUAUAUAGAGAAACAAUGACAACUUCUCCUCCUCCUUGUUUCUGCAGCCAAAACAAGCUACUAGUAUCUCAUUGCAAGCUAAAGGUCCGGAAAAAAUGUCCCCCAGUCAGAUCCCAAAGCUUCCACAAUCAAGGAAACUCUCCAGCGAAUAUGGUGGAUUCAAACAUGAGUGUUCUGAGAGAAAGAAUAAGAGAGGUGAUCAGGAAGAGAGAGUGGUUGGAAAACGAAAACGGGUGGAACUACAAAUCAGUUGGUUAUGAUUAUAAUAACAAACACAAGCGUCAUGCAAUGGUUUUUGAGUCCUUGGAGCUUUUUGGGUUGGUUACUGGUGCUUUUGGGCUUGUCUUUCUCUCUGGCUCCCUUUGCAUAUUCCUUGUUUCCUUUGUUGUUCAUCUGCAGAAUUAAUGAUGGAGUUUGAAUCAAAAUUCCAAAUAUCUACCUUCUUUUCCUAUGUCAUUUCUUUUUAUUUAAAACUAGAGGUUGGAUCGAUGUUU